AUGGCAGCCAUGGCAGAAGAAAACUCAAAGCACAAACAUGAGAUGGAGUUAGCACUAUCAGUGCCAAUGGGUGAGGAAGAUGACGACGAGCAUGGUGCCAAGGAGGCAGUGCUCCAAAAGUACUUCCUCCAAGAAUGGAAGCUCGUCAAGUCCAUCUUGAACGACAUCGUAUCCAAUGGACGCGUCUCCGAUCCCUCCGCUCCCCACAAGAUCCGAUCCAUUAUGGACAAGUAUCAAGAACAGGGUCAAUUAGUAGAACCUUACCUGGAGAGCAUCGUUUCCCCGCUGAUGUUUAUUGUGCGCUCUAAAACAGUUGAAUUGGGUGCAGCGUCAGAUGAAAUUCUUAAAGUAAUUAAACCUAUAUGUAUCAUUAUCUAUUCUCUGGUCACGGUUUGCGGAUACAAGGCUGUUGUCAGGUUCUUCCCUCAUCAAGUAUCUGACUUGGAACUUGCUGUGUCUCUCUUGGAGAAGUGUCAUCACACAAGUUCAGUGUCAUCACUGCGACAGGAAAGUACGGGAGAGAUGGAGGCUAAAUGUGUGAUGCUUUUGUGGCUUUCUAUACUUGUAUUGGUUCCAUUCGAUAUCUCCACUGUUGAUACUAGCAUUGCAAACAACAGUAACCUUGGGAAACUUGAGCCAGCUCCUCUGGUAUUGAGGAUAAUAGGGUUCUCCAAAGAUUACCUUUCAAAUGCAGGCCCUAUGCGUACGAUAGCUGCUUUGCUGCUAUCAAAGCUUCUAACACGUCCAGACAUGCCAAAGGCCUUUUCCAGCUUUGUUGAGUGGGCACAUGAAGUCCUAUCUUCUCCGACGGAUGAUGUCAUCAAUCACUUCCGGUUGCUUGGAGCUACAGAAGCACUGGCUGCUGUUUUCAAGGUUGGUGGGCGGAAACUCUUGCUUGAUGUGGUUCCUAUUAUUUGGAAUGACACCUCUUUGUUGAUCAAUUCUAGCAAUGCAUCUCGAAGUCCGUUGCUUCGCAAGUAUCUGAUGAAAUUAACUCAGAGGAUUGGGCUUACUUGCCUCCCUCAUCAUACACCUUCAUGGCGCUAUGUGGGAAAGAAAAGAACAUUGGGAGAGAACAUUACUUUGUCUGCAUCUGAAAAAACUGAUCAAUGCAAUUAUGCUUUGAAUACUGAGGAUUCAAACUCAGAACCAAGUUCCAGCUGCCUGCAAGAUGAAGAAAUGGAUGUUCCAGAAGUCGUAGAAGAGAUUAUUGAGAUGUUACUCACUGGGUUGAGAGAUACGGACACUGUUGUGCGUUGGUCUGCUGCAAAAGGUAUUGGCCGCAUUACUUCAUGUCUUACAUCUGCUCUUUCAGAGGAGGUCCUGUCAUCUGUCUUGGAGCUAUUUUCACCAGGCGAGGGUGAUGGGUCAUGGCAUGGUGGUUGCUUAGCAUUGGCCGAAUUGGCACGGAGAGGGUUGCUUUUACCUAUCAGCCUUCCUAAAGUUGUACCUGUUGUCGUGAAGGCACUACAUUAUGAUAUUCGAAGAGGUCCGCAUAGUGUUGGAUCUCAUGUACGGGAUGCUGCAGCUUAUGUUUGUUGGGCUUUUGGUCGUGCAUAUUAUCACAAGGAUAUGAGAAAUAUAUUGGACCAGCUUGCAGCACACCUUCUAACAGUGGCCUGCUACGAUCGUGAGGUGAACUGUAGAAGAGCAGCUGCAGCCGCUUUUCAGGAGAAUGUUGGAAGACAGGGUAGUUACCCACAUGGAAUUGACAUAGUGAAUACUGCUGACUAUUUUUCACUUUCUUCACGAGUAAACUCUUAUGUUCAUGUUGCUGUCUCUAUUGCACAAUAUGAGGGUUAUCUUUAUCCAUUUGUGGAUGAGCUGCUGUAUUGCAAAAUUUGUCAUUGGGACAAAGGCUUGAGAGAACUUGCUGCUGAGGCCCUUUCUGCACUUGUUAAAUACGAUCCUGACUAUUUUGCAAACUAUGCUUUGGAGAAAAUAAUUCCUUGUACUCUCUCAUCUGAUUUGUGCAUGCGCCAUGGAGCGACACUAGCAGCUGGGGAACUUGUUUUGGCACUACAUCGAUGUGAUUAUGCUCUUUCUGCUGAUAAGCAAAAGCAUGUUGCUGGUGUUGUACUUGCUAUUGAGAAAGCACGCCUUUAUCGUGGAAAAGGUGGAGAAAUUAUGCGUUCAGCUGUUUCCCGGUUCAUCGAAUGUGUAUCUAUAUCUUCUGUGUCACUGCCAGAAAAGAUAAAGCGCAGUUUGCUUGAUACACUUAAUGAGAAUUUGAGGCAUCCUAAUUCUCAGAUUCAGGAUGCUGCUGUUAAUGCUCUGAAGCACUUCGUCCAAGCAUAUCUGGUUGCUGCAUCUGUUGGUAGCACUGGUGAUAUAACAUCAAAGUACCUGGAACUCUUGACUGACCCAAAUGUAGCUGUAAGAAGAGGAUCAGCAUUAGCGAUAGGUGUUUUGCCAUGUGAACUUUUUGCCCAUAGGUGGAAGGAUGUGCUCCUGAAGCUUUGUACCUGUUGUGCAAUUGAGGAUAACCCUGAUGAUAGAGAUGCCGAAGCACGAGUCAAUGCUGUCAAAGGACUUGUGUCAGUGUGUGAAGCAUUAGCUCAGGAAAAAGAACAUUCUGGUAUUGAUACUGUGGAGGAUGACAUGUCUUUGUUCCUUCUCAUCAAGGACGAAUAA